GAGGAGGUACAAGAGGAAGAGGAAGAGGCGGAGGAAGAAGAAGAAGAGAUUGUAGAUGAAGAUGAAUAUGGUGAAGAUGAAGAGGACUGGCAGGCCGGCGAGGAUCUCUGGUGAUGGCUGCGCACCCCGUUCCGCCAGAGGGCGCGUCUGUACAUAA